AUGACAGGCGAAUUCAACUUCCACGAUUUUACCAACCCCUACCCUGCCUCGGGCGUCCCGCCCUUCGCCGAAGGCCUGGGUAACCUCCAACCUCUCCAGCCCAACCCCCAACCUACCUACGCGCCGCCUCCUGUCUCCCAGCAGCAGAACCACCACUAUGGCGCUCCUACACCGAGGGCCGCCGAGACUAGAACCCCCGAGUCCAUGAACGGCGUCAGCAGACCCGGCCAGAGCUUCGAAGAGCAGUCCCGCGUCGCCGCUGAGGAAGACAAGCGCAGGAGAAACACCGCCGCCUCCGCCAGAUUCCGCAUCAAGAAGAAGCAGCGCGAGCAGGCACUCGAGAAGAGCGCCAAGGAGAUGUCCGACAAGGUCUCUGCUCUCGAGCAGCGCAUCAAUCUCCUUGAGACCGAGAACCGCUGGCUUAAGAACCUCGUCAUGGAGAAGAACGAGGGCAACGAAGACAUCGCCUCCAUGCUCAAAGAGUUCCAGAACAAGCAGCCCAAGUCCACGGCGUCCUCGGAUUCUGUCAAGGCGGAGGAGGCAAAGUAA